UUGUGAGAGUUAAGUAGAUUUAAAAAAUGGACCAAAAGCAAUUGAGAAAACCUGUAGAACGAUGCUGAUUGUACUUUAUAUUUUGAUGGCACUGACCAUGGUGCUUUGCAGUACAGUAUGCAUGAUCUGUUCUGAGAAACGCUGUUAUAGUAUUGAGAAUGUUAAGUAGCCUGUGUUUCACGAAAUGUGCCAAAGUCAUCGAGAAAAACUGUAAUUUUACCCGUAAAUUUGCCCUUAAAACUAAAGGCUCUUCAAAUUAUGCUAUUCGCCAGUCAUUAACAAGGACCAGAACACCAAAGCGAAGAACUCCUCCCUUCCUCCCUUCGCUCUUCACCUAAAACUAGCCUACCUGUGUUUUGUGGCUGCAAGCUGCUCUUCUCCCGCAUGGAUGCCGCUUCGUGAAGCGUCGUAGCCAUUCGAACGAUAAACGGUGCAGCCACGAGGAGAUCGCAGGUGAUCGGAGAGUAUGUGCUUACGGUGGUAUGAUGGGAUACCGCGUUAAAUAAAAGGGGGCAAAGACGGGACCUGGGAAACCACGAUCCGCAGCUCAGAACCUGAUCUGAGGUGAACCUCCUCAACGAGUACAAGGACCCCCUCAGCCAUCUUCCUCAGGGUGCCGUGGAGACGACGACUCCCUUGGACAUGAACAGCAGCCACACGUGGGGGGAGGCAGCGUGGGCAGCUGGCGAGUGCCCGCCUUCAGUGGGUAGUGCCACCUUCCAGGUGGCGGCAUACAGCACCUUGCUUGCCUUGAGCCUGGUAGGCAAUGCCUGCCUGAUGUUGGUGAUUGCCCGUCAGUGGGAGCACCACAAUGUCACCGUCAUCCUCAUCGCCAACCUGUGCUGCUCUGACAUCCUCAUAAGUGUGGUGUGCCUGCCGGUGACAGUGGUCUACACGCUAAUGGACCGCUGGGUGCUGGGCGAGGCGCUCUGCAAGGCCACACCCUUCAUCCAGUGCACUUCCGUCACUGUCUCCGCCUUCUCUCUGGUGCUCAUCGCCCUGGAACGCCACCAGCUCAUCGUUCACCCCACUGGCUGGAUGCCUGUAGCUGGCCACACCUACCUGGCAGUAGCCAUCAUCUGGACAGUGGCUGGUCUCCUCUCACUGCCUUUCAUGUUAUUCCACAUCCUCACUGAUGCCCCGUUCCACAACGUAACCUUGUCCGUCGGCAGCCCUGGGGACCAUCUGGUGUGCAUGGAAAACUGGCCGUCGGAGCAGGAACGGUUAACCUACACCACCUCUCUGCUGCUGGCGCAGUACUGCCUGCCGCUGCUGCUUAUCCUGCUCUGCUACCUGCACAUCUACCUGCGGCUGCGUCGCCGGAAAGCCGGAGGCGGGCCGGGCCGGGGCAGUGACCGGGCGCGGCACAUCAACGUCAUGCUGGUCUGCAUCGUGGUGGCGUUCGCCCUCUGUUGGCUGCCGCUUCACGUCUUCAACACUCUGUUUGACUGGAAUGACCAGGCCUUGCGGUCCUGCCAGCACGAUGCCGUCUUCUCCGCCUGUCACCUGCUGGCCAUGGCCUCCACCUGCGUCAACCCCAUCAUCUAUGGCUUCCUCAACAGCAACUUUAAGAAAGAGCUGGGUGCCAUCCUGCGGCGUUACCGCCGGGGCCGCCAGCAAGUCCUGGGCCGCCGCCGCUGGGAGCCACUGGAGAGCUAUGAGAGCGUCCCUCUUCCCACCCUGUCUACCGACGUCGCUAAACCGGUGGCAGCAGGCCGGGGCUCCCCCCGCGCCCAGGAUGCUGAAAUGGCCCACUGCAGCUAACACAGCUGAGCCGCCCCCCCUCGCUGCUGUAGCUGGAUGAAAGGGUGUUUCUUUUCUCUCUUUGCAGUGUAAUUCCAGAGUGGAGCUGGGAGCCCAACUGGACACAGACUGAAAGCUGACUGGCUUUUGAUACUGAGUGGGUCAUGUGGUGUGACCUGCACUGUGUAACCAGUGUAAACUUCAAGGCGAGUUCAUACCAACUCAGACGUGUCUGUCAUCGUGUCACGGUGCUGCCAUUUGCCAAGGCUAUAGCAAGACCCAGAACAUGUGCGGAGCCUCCUAUGAUCUGUGUGGGGGUGGCAGGACUGUUAUAUCACAAGAGUAUUAUUAUAUUCAUAUACAGUAUGUAUUAUACAUUUGCUUCUCAAGAGGAAAUGCACUUACUGCAGUGGGUGAUCACUAAGGGGGCAAGGGGGCAAGGCGUUGAAUCUGAAUCAUCUGGCUUGUGCUGCUUUCUUCAGCCUUAGACUCCUCACUAUGGUUCUCUACAUGCAUUGUUAUACCCAUGGUGUUCUGUCUAUCUGUAUGUUUGGCUUGAUCUCUCUCACUUUGAGUUUUAAUAGGCUUGUGUUGUAUAUUAAGUAGUAUUUUACAUAUUCUCUGCACCUCUCCAUGUGUCGUAUCUAAACGUGCAGUAAAAGCUUGAUCGUGAGCAUCUAAGGGGCUCUACAGGGAGCCUGAUGACUGUUCGCUCACUGUAAGCCUUUCAGUGAUGCUGUUAUCAGCCUGACCAUAUGAUCAUUUAGCUGGAUAUAUUGAAGAACACUUUGCAGUUAUAUAUUCUGGUAAAUAUAAUAAGAAAAAUCAUACCAAAAGAUAAUUUGUUGUAUGAACUAUUGUAAAUUUCAUGGGUUGUCGUCUAGAUAUUUAAUUUACUUUGUAAUAUAUGUAUAAAUUAUGAAUAAUGUGAAUGUUUUUACAGUGUAUAUCAAAAUUUUAAAAUUUGAAAGGCAAGUGAAAAAUCAUAAAAACGGUGCGUAAAAGAUUCUGUAAAUGAUUUUAACAUAUUUCUCAAGAAUUAAGGGAUUCAAAAAAGAGAAAGAUGCUGGUGAAAACGUUUCUUGCAUUCUUUAGCUUGUUUCCCUCAGCUCUGUAUACCUUCAGCUGCUCUCACACUUACUGUAAGAGCGAGCUUAACCUCGUGCAGUGUCCUGUUCCCCUUCAUGAUCGCACAGAGCUGCCUGACAAACCACCGUCCGUCUGCAGUGCUCUGAGUCAGGGGGCUCCCGUAGGUCUUUUCAGAUUCAAGUCUCCAGUUUUGGAAUCUAGUGAGUUUUCAUUGCUCUGAUAUUCUGAAUGAAACAAAGAUCCAGGGACAGCAUUGUAUUCUAAACACUAGGGAUGGAUCUUUUGGGGGGCAAUAUGACAAUAAUGCAUCAUAACUGUUUGCAGUUGUAUCCACAAUAAGCAGUUCAUAGUUGUCACAAGAAUCACGAUACUGCACUACAUUUAUAUUUACUAUUAUUUAGCCAACAUUUUUGUCCAAAGCGAUUUACAAGUGAGGCAUAUAUCACAUACCAAACAUACGUACUGUCAAGGAGUCAACUAGGCAGAAAUGCAGCUAGGCUGAGCUUCCAAUUAAUGUCCAGUUACAAGUGCACCACUUAACACCACUUAACACUAUUAUUAUAACAACAUAAUAA